GCAUGAUCAUAUAAUAAAACUUCGGUUAUCUUUUCUUCUUUUUCUUACUUAAUUAUUAAAAAACAUGACAUUAUUACUAAACUUACCUUAUGAAAUACUUAUUCUCAUCUUAUCUUAUAUAGAAAAAAGUAAUACUAUUAUUCAAUUUCUUUUAUGUCAUCCAUCAUUUUUAUAUCACUAUAAUAAUAAUAAUGAUUUUUGGCAUGAUCUUUGUACACUUCAUCACAUAUAUUAUCGACAUCCUUGCAACACGUGGAAGGAAAUGGUGUUGUCAGAGGAAAUGUAUCAAGUUUGUCCACAUUUCCAUUUGUCGCUAUUUGAACAUUUGUCACACAAGCAAGCAUUAGCAUUUCUUUCAAACAUGAAUACCAAUUAUCGUUAUAUUUGUUUGCAUUAUCAUUGUGAUGCCAUUGUAACCAAUCAAAAUAUCAUUGAUUCUCAACUUGAAUGCUCACAUCCUAUUGGUUUACGGAUUUCACCCUAUCAUCUCUUCUCCAUUGAAUGUACUUUUUGUAACAGACAAUUAGGAAACAAUGAUAAACUUCCAAGUGAAUAUUACUUGAUUCAGUCAUUCAUCCGUGCUUUUGCUACUCCACUCACAUUAAACCUUAAUCUUACUUUUUCUUUAUUUCAUCAUCGACGUAUGAUUGAAUUAUCCGUGUUUAAUAGACCUGGUUGGAGUUAUAUUAUUGAAAAAUCUUGGUAUGAUGAAUGGCUACGUUUUCUUCGAGGUGAUCAAUCAUAUCCACCAGGGAUACUCAAUAAUAAGAUAUUAUUCAAGGAUAAUAGUGAUGAAUUGAAAGAGGAUAGAAAACUAGGUAUUCACUUUGAAUUGGUCAAUAAUGCAUCUCGUUACUAUAUUGAAUUGCUUUAUAUUCAAAGUGGAAAAAUCAUAUCUGAAUAUGAUUUACAAGCUUUACCUUCUUAUUGUAAACUACUUCAUGAUAUUCACUUGUAUCAACAACAAAUCCUAUUUCGACCUAUUAUCAUAUAAUCAUAUCCGUGGAUUCAAGUUGUGACUUUUUCAAAAGCCAAUAAAAUUUAUUUAUUUUCAACCUCCA